AUGGCGGUCGCACCAGAUAGAUCAAGCAUCUACAUGCUUUUGCAGACAUGGCAGACGCGCACCCUUCGACUGCACCCUGCCGCUAGUCUCGACAAAGCAAUUCACGGCGACGUUCUGACAGCCAGACUCGCCCAUGGUCAGCAUCUCGCGCUCAGCAUGGACUCUGAGCUCAUCACUUUCGAGGCAAUUUCCUACGCUUGGGGCACCUGGGGAGAGAACGAGCUGGUACCGAUGGUCUGCGAUGGCGUAGAAGUCCAAAUCGCCCCUUCUCUAGCAGACGCUCUGCAACGCUUUCGUUAUGGCGACCGCGCAAGAUAUCUUUAG